AAAAAAAGUGUUUUCACUUGUAUAUUCUUCAUGCUUGUGAGUUUGUAUCAUUUUUAUUACUUUUGUGUCAUUUUAAAGUAUAUUUUAAGAGGAAGGAGGAUAACAAAAUGUAGCCAAUCUACCUACCUUUCAAUUUUUACCCUUCUGUACUGAUUAAUUUUUCAACCAUGUUUCUAGUUUGCAUUUUUUAAUAUAAUUUGAAAUUAACAUUUUAAGACAUGAACUUGUUAGAUCCUUCCUCCAUCCAUUCUUGAGAGUACUUUUGAGACCUCCUGUAUGGACAUCAUUCGGGGGCUCCUAGACUCUAUUGCAACUAUGUCCUUUAUUAUGUAGCAGCCACACAUUUUGGCUAGGACUGAAGCCACCUCAAACUUAAGGAGUGUUUCCUGACUGGAUUAAAACAAAGCAAGAGGCAAAGAAGAGUUUUCAGAUUUGCAUAUAUUUCUAUGCUACUUGAAACAAUGAAAGCUUCAUUAUUAGGCACAUGAUCUUAGUUGAUCUAAUCAGCAUGAAAGCUAAGUUUUUGUUCUAUGGUUGGGGGAGAGAAUCUUUCUCCCUUUGUAUUUCUUGACUGAAAGAGCAGGCUGACAUAGUUGCUAUUGAAAGGGAUCUUGGGAACCUGAGGGGAGCUGGCCUUUGGGUAUGCCGAUCUUAAGUAAAACUAGCAUCUUUGUGUUCAUGUACUUGCUAAAUAUUUUUGUAUAUUGUAAGAAACUGAAAAUAAAUUAUAAAUUUACAUACUGUGUCCUACCCCAAUAUUUUACUCCAUUGCUAGCAAGAUAUCUACAGAAAUGCCUUCUUGUGCUAUAAGAACUAUCUACAUGUUUCAUGAUCCAUUCAGCUUCAUAUCUUCUAAGAGAAUCUGGAAAUGGCUCAUGCACAUUUUGCCUUUAGCACCUAAGGAAGGCUAAGUAGUACUGGGAUUUCAUUCAGUUUAACAACCAGUUAUACCUUCCUUGUUUCAGGCUUUUAAUCUUCUCCAAAACAAUUGCAAGCUCCUGGAGGCCAGGAAUCUUAGCUUGUAUUUCUGUAUUUAUCACAACUGAGCACAUUUAGUUAUGUGCAGAGUAGGGAGGGAUAUUUAAUAACUGUUUUAAAACAAAUACUAACAGCAUCACAAACUACAGAGAAUUUUUUUUAAAGUAAGAUGGAAUAGAGAAUAUAUUUGUAAUCAUAUAAGGAACAGAAUGGAUAAACAGCAUUUGUUUCUGGAGGACAUCUAUGUGGAAGGGAUUUAGGUAGCUUUGGUCAAACUGUAAUAAUCUGUGGAGACGCGUGGUGGCGCUGCAGGAUAACAUCGCGAAAAAAAUUACACUGGCUAAGUCCUGGACACUGCUAUCCAGUGCACACGGAGAAAUGGGGAGACAGAACAGCUAGAGGUGACCCAGAAGCCAUUCAACAGGGCUAAAGUCUUAGACCUCAGAGGAUUUGGUGGACAGAUCAGAAGCACAAUUCCCAGAACUGAGAGGUAGAGCUGAAGGGAUUCAGCAGGAAGCCUUUGGGAAAGGAGCUAUGGAGAACGGAGGGCCAGGCACUCUGCGGACAAGGCAAGUCCUGCUUCUCUUUGUCUUGUUGGGAAUAUCUCAGGCGGUCUCUGAGUCAGGGCGCUUUUCUGUGGCGGAGGAAAUGCAGAGCGGGAGCUUUAUAGGCAAUUUGGCAAAGGACUUGGGACUGGAGGUGGGGGAGCUAUCGUCACGGGGGGCCCAAAUAGUCUCUAAGGAUAACAAACAGCAUUUGCAGCUGGAUUUAAACACGGGAGAUUUGCUCCUAAGGGAAACUCUAGACCGGGAAGAGCUGUGUGGCUCCACCCAGCAGUGUGUGCUGCACUUCCAGGUGUUAAUGAAAAAUCCCUUGCAGUUUUUUAGAAUUGAGCUCCAGGUCAGGGACAUAAAUGAUCACUCUCCCGUUUUCCUGGAAAAAGAAAUGCGCCUAGAAAUCCCAGAGAAUAGUCCUGUCGGCGCUGUGUUCUUAUUAGAAAGUGCCAAGGAUUUAGAUGUGGGAAUCAACACCAUAAAAAACUACACAAUCAGUCCCAACUCUAAUUUCCACGUUAAAAUUAGAGUCAAUCCAGACAACAGGAAAUACCCUGAGCUGGUUUUGGACAAAGCGCUGGAUUACGAAGGACAGCCUGAGCUCAGUUUCAUCCUCACGGCUCUGGAUGGCGGCUCUCCGCCCAGAUCCGGGACCGCCUUGGUUCGGGUGGUGGUCGUGGACAUUAAUGACAACGCCCCUGAGUUCGAACAGCCCUUUUAUGACGUGAAGAUUCCAGAGAACAGCAUCUUAGGUUCUCCAGUUGUGACCGUCUCAGCUUGGGAUUUAGACUCAGGAACAAAUGGGGAAAUAUCAUACACUUUGUCCCAUGCCUCGGAAGAUAUUUGCAAGACAUUUGAAAUUAAUCAAAAGUCUGGAGAAGUUAUUCUAACAGCACUCUUGGAUUUUGAAACAACUGAAUCAUACUCAAUAAUCAUUCAAGCCACAGACGGAGGUGGCCUUUUUGGAAAAUCAACAGUGAGAAUUCAGGUGAUGGAUGUGAAUGACAAUGCUCCCGAAGUCACCGUGUCAUCAGUUAUCAGCCCAAUCCCUGAAAACUCACCUGAGACUGUGGUUGUGGUUUUCAGUAUUCUAGACAGAGAUUCCGGGGACAACGGGAGAAUGAUUUGUUCUAUCCCAGAAGACCUCCCAUUCACGCUAAAACCUUCCGUUGAGAAUUACUACACAUUGGAAACGGAGGGAACACUGGACAGAGAAAUCAGAGCCGAGUACAACAUCACCAUCACCGUCGCAGACUUGGGUACCCCCAGGCUGAAAACCCAGCACAACAUAAUCUUGUUGGUCUCGGACGUCAAUGACAACGCGCCCAUCUUCUCCCAAACCUCCUACACCCUGUUCGUCCGCGAGAACAACAGCCCCGCCCUGCACAUGGGCAGCGUCAGCGCCACAGACAGAGACUCAGGCUCCAACGCCCAAGUCACCUACUCACUGCUGCCGCCCCAGGACCCGCACCUCCCCCUCGCCUCCUUGGUCUCCAUCAAUGUGGACAACGGGCACCUCUUCGCUCUCAGGUCGCUGGAUUACGAAGCCCUGCGAGCCUUCGAGUUCUGCGUGGGCGCGACAGACGCAGGCUCCCCCGCGCUGAGCAGCGAGGCGCUGGUGCGCGUGGAGGUCAUGGACGAAAACGACAACUCGCCCUUCGUGCUCUACCCGCUGCAGAACGACUCUGCGCCCUGCACUGAGUUGGUGCCCAGGGCUGCCGAGGCGGGCUACCUGGUGACCAAGGUGGUGGCGAUGGACAGCGACUCGGGACAGAACGCCUGGCUGUCCUACCAGCUGCUCAAGGCCACUGAGCCCGGACUGUUCAGCGUGUGGGCGCACAAUGGCGAGGUGCGCACAGCCAGACUGCUGAGCGAGCGCGACGGGGUCAAGCACAGACUCAUCGUGCUGGUCAAGGACAAUGGCGAGCCACCGAGGUCGACCAGCGUCACGCUGCACGUGCUCCUGGUGGAUGGGUUCUCACAGCCCUACCUGCCGCUGCCAGAGGUGGCCCUGGAUGAGGCUCAAGCCGACUCGCUCACCGUCUACUUGGUCAUUGCGUUGGCGUCGGUCUCGUCGCUCUUCCUGUUCUCCUUGCUCUCGUUCAUCGCUGUGUGGCUGUGCAGGAGGAACAGGGCCGCCUCGGUGGAUUGCCGUUCGGUGCCUGAGGGCCACUUUCCGAGCCACUUGGUUGACGUUAGCGGUACCGGGACUUUGUCUCAGAGGUACCUCUAUGAGGCGUUUCUGACUGGAGGCUCCGGGACCAAUGAGUUCAAGUUCUUGAAGCCGAUUAUCCCCAACUUUCCGCCCCAGGGCCCUGGAAAAGAAAUAGAGGAAAAUCCUUCCUUUCUCAAUAGCUUUGGGUUCAGUAUUCAGUGACCAUGAUUGACUUUUAUAUUCCAUGUGCAUAUUGUUUUAUGGCUCUUCCAAACCAAUGUUUAUUUUCCCCAAUUUGUGUGUACUUUAAAUUGAACUGAUAUUAAUAUUUUCUCAUAUUCUCCUGAAUUUUGCUUUUAAAUGAAAGUUUAUCUUUAUUGGUAGUUGUAAUGAGAUUGUAAUUUACUCUCUAACCCAGGAGAUCUAAUUUAUAAUUAAUUUGCCUCCCUAAAUUACAACACCAAAUCACUUUCUUUCUGUGUCCCCAACCCCCACCCCAGUUGAACUUUGAUCCCAAAUUAUGCUUAUUGUAAAAUAAAACU